AUGAAUAAUAAUAACAGGAAUAAUAGGAACAGAAACAUUAACAACAGAAAUAAAAAGCAGCUACAACAAGCGAAAAACAAAAAUGAAAAUAUACAUAUACCUAGGUAUAUUAGAAACCAACCAUGGUACUACAAGGAUGAUAGCAAAGGAAGGGAGAAGGAAGAAAGCGGUAAUGAUGGUAAAAGCGUUGCAGAAGAAGGAGAAAAGUCCGAUUAUUUACUGCAUCAUAGACAAAAAGUGAAGGGGGGAGCCUUAGAUAUUGAUAAUAAUUCAGAACCAAAAAUUGGUUUGGGAAUCAAGGACGAAUUCAAAAUAAUCAAACUGCGAAAAGAUUCUGCAGGAGAUUAUGAACCGUCAAAAUUCUGCAGAAAUUGCGGCGAAACAGGGCAUAGGAAGAAAGAUUGCAUGGAAAAACCUCGGAAGGUGCAGAAGGUCAUUCCAGAUUCAACUUCAACUGACGUAGGUAAGAAUACUGUUCUAAUACGAGGCACUGACGACGACUGGGACUCCAAGAAAGAUAGAUGGUACGGGUACUCUGGGAAAGAAUACAAUGAAUUGGUACGUAAGUGGGAGCAAAAUAAGAAGAACGAUGUAAAUCUCAAGGACAAAUCUCAAACUGAUGAGACACUUUGGGACACAGAUGAAGAGAUAGAGUUGAUGAAGUUGGAACUUUAUAAGGAUACCGUAGGUUCAUUGAAGAAAGAUAAUCCUGAGAAUUCUCAAUUAUAUCGGGUAUCAACGAGGUUGAGAGAAGAUAGAGCUGCAUACCUGAACGACAUAAAUUCAGCGGAGAGCAAUUAUGAUCCUAAGUCAAGACUAUACAAGAGUUCCGCGCUGGGUACAGUUGAUGAAAAAUCGAAAAUGUUCCGUAGACAUUUGACAGGUGAAGGUUUGAAAUUAAGCGAUCUGAAUCAGUUUGCAAGAUCGCAUGCUAAACAAAUGGGGAUACGUGAUGAAGUCGAAGACAAAGAGAAAGUGGAGCAUGUAUUGGUCGCCAAUCCCACCAAAUAUGAGUAUUUAAAGAAAAAGCAGGAGCAAGAAAGUUCCAAAGAGCUCAAGACUGUCAGUAUCAGUGAGCUGGAAGCCAAGAAAGUGGACGGUACGAAACAAUCAGAGAAGCAACGCAAGCGCUUGAAGGAUUUAUAUGGAUGA